GGUGGACAAGUCCUUCGCCCCUCACCGGAGUGUGUGGAGGAGUGAUGGGCAGAACCAGCGCUUCCCUCAGGCACUAGACCUGUCGAGAGUGGACUUGGUCUCCCCACACGCCGCUUCACUCUACCCAAAGAACACAGAUCUGUUUGAGAUGAUUGAAAAGAUGCAGGGAAGCAGGAUGGAUGAACAACGAUGCUCCUUCCCACCACCCCUCAAGACGGAGGAGGACUACAUUCCCUACCCAAGUGUCCACGAGGUCCUGGGGCGAGAAGGACCCUUCCCCCUCAUCCUGCUGCCCCAGUUUGGGGGCUACUGGAUUGAAGGCACCAACCACGAAAUCACCAGCAUCCCGGAGACAGAGCCGCUGCAGUCCCCCACGACCAAGGUGAAGCUGGAGUGCAACCCCACAGCCCGCAUCUACCGGAAGCACUUUCUCGGCAAGGAGCAUUUCAAUUACUACUCCCUGGACGCUGCCCUGGGCCACCUUGUCUUCUCACUCAAAUAUGAUGUCAUCGGGGACCAGGAGCACCUGCGGCUGCUGCUCAGGACCAAGUGCCGGACAUACCACGAUGUCAUCCCCAUCUCCUGCCUCACCGAGUUCCCCAACGUGGUCCAGAUGGCAAAGCUGGUGUGCGAAGAUGUGAAUGUGGAUCGAUUCUAUCCUGUGCUCUACCCCAAGGCCUCCCGGCUCAUCGUCACCUUUGAUGAGCACGUCAUCAGCAACAACUUCAAGUUUGGAGUCAUUUAUCAGAAGCUUGGGCAGACCUCCGAGGAGGAGCUCUUCAGUACCAACGAGGAGAGCCCUGCCUUCGUGGAGUUCCUCGAAUUUCUUGGCCAGAAGGUCAAACUGCAGGACUUUAAGGGGUUCCGCGGAGGCCUGGACGUGACCCACGGGCAGACGGGGACCGAGUCUGUGUACUGCAACUUCCGCAACAAGGAGAUCAUGUUUCACGUGUCCACCAAGCUGCCCUACACAGAAGGGGACGCCCAGCAGGAUGAGAACACGCCCUUUGUGCCUGACAUGAUUGCGUCCAACUUCCUGCACGCCUAUGUGGUGGUGCAGGCCGAGGGCGGGGGGCCCAGCGGCCCCCUCUAUAAGGUCUCUGUCACGGCCAGAGAUGACGUGCCCUUCUUUGGGCCCCCGCUCCCGGACCCUGCUGUGUUCAGGAAGGGGCCCGAGUUCCAGGAAUUUUUGCUGACAAAACUGAUCAAUGCGGAAUAUGCCUGCUACAAGGCAGAGAAGUUUGCCAAACUGGAGGAGCGGACGCGCGUGGCCCUCCUGGAGACGCUGUACGAGGACCUGCACGUGCACAGCCAGUCCAUGAUGGGCCUGGGCGGCGACGACGACAAGCUGGAGAACGGAGGCGGGGGCGGCGGCUUCUUCGAGUCUUUCAAGCGGGUCAUCCGGAGCCGCAGCCAGUCCAUGGAUGCCAUGGGACUAAGCAACAAGAAGCCCAACACCGUGUCCACCAGCCACAGCGGGAGCUUCGCACCCAACAACCCUGACCUGGCCAAGGCCGCUGGAAUAUCAUUGCUUAUUCCCGGGAAAAGUGCGAGUAGAUUCGGACGCCGGGGCAGUGCCAUAGGCAUAGGAACCGUGGAAGAGUCACUGAUUGUCCCUGGGAAGAGCCCCACGCGGAAGAAGUCAGGUCCGUUCGGCUCACGCCGCAGCAGCGCCAUCGGCAUCGAGAACAUACAGGAGGUGCAGGAGAAAAGGCCUGGUGCUGAAUCCCCCCGCUGCCCCCGUGUGCCCUGCAGGGAGAGCCCCCCGGCUGGCCAGAAGACCCCAGACAGUGGGCACGCCUCACAGGAGCCGAAGUCAGAGAACUCCUCCACUCAGAGCUCCCCAGAGAUGCCAACGACCAAGAACAGAGCGGAGACAGCAGCCCAGAGAGCAGAAGUGCUGAAGGACUUCUCCUGCUCCUCGUCCAGUGCCAGCAGCUUCGCCAGCGUAGUGGAGGAGACGGAGGGUGUGGACGGGGACGACACAGGCCUGGAGAGCAUGUCGUCCUCGGGGACUCCGCACAAGCGGGACUCCUUCAUCUAUAGCACGUGGCUGGAGGACAGCGUCAGCACCACGAGUGGGGGCAGCUCCCCAGGCCCCUCGCGGUCACCCCAUCCAGAUGCCGGCAAGUCGGGGGACCCUGCAUGUCCGGAGAUCAAGAUCCAGCUGGAAGCGGCUGAGCAGCACACGUCCCAGCUGAUGAGGUCGAAGAAACACAAGGUGAAGCUGCUGUGUCAAAUCCAGGCAGAUAGGACCUCUGCCCCCAAGGCCACCACCAGCCUGUGUGCUGCCCCCUGUCUCCCCAACCCUCCCCUGGGCCCACCAUCUGGGCUGUCUCUGCAGGGCGGAGCCAUCCAGACCUGGGAGCGGGGAAGCUGCCGGCGUCAUCCUCACCCCCCGGGCUGGGGGCCAGGCUGGAUAGGGAGUGGUCAGUUGAAGCAAGACUCCAGGCCUGGCUCGCCCCGGCCUGGGCCCUCCAUCACACCUUGGUGCCCCUCUCGACUCAGGGGGGGCAAGAUGAGAGGGGGGACCGAGAUCUCUCAGUGCAUACAGAGCCUCCAGGCAGCGGCGGGUAAGAUGUGAUGGAGGGAGCCCCAGGUUGGGAAUCCUGUGUCCUGAGUCCUGGCUUCUAAUUUGGGUUCUGCUGUGCGGCUCUGGGCUGUCUCUGGGCACCUCUGCUACCAAUGGACAAGGUCACUUCAGAGGUCACUGAAGACUGCGAUUCCAUGCAUCUGCCCAGAAUGGGGGACCGGCCUCCCAGGGGCCUCCCAUCACCCUGUCCUGCUUCCUGGGGCUCUGGGGCCCCUGGUGGGCUGAGGGGCAGGGAGCUGGCGAUGCCUGUUGCCCCUCCUGGACCCUCAAGCUCUCCCACAGACCUGCCGAUGCCCCGUCCACUGCCUCCAUGUGACAGACAAGCGGCCCCCUUGGAGGAGGGAACCUGCCUGGCUCUCAGCCAGCACCCAGCUCCACCUCUGCCCCCCAUGUUCUGGGCGCUCCCGGCUGAGUGGUCUCGGCUGGCCUGGAGUUACAGGUCUCGCCUUUGCGACGCCCCCAUUCCUGUGGAGGGGGCCGCCAGGCAUAGCUGCUGUGAGUCCACAUCUUGUGUGUGUCUGUCCACACUUUUUAGGCGCCACCGUCAAAGGCCAGCCUUCCCGCCCCAACACCCACCUGGGAAGCCCCCGUGGCUGUGUGUAUGUUGGUAACAGUUGUACAAAAUAAAUUCUAUUUAUCGCUAUUGUA